UCGUAUUCGAUCUAUUUCCGGAAACAGGUUAGUGUGUGGCGACUGGCUAGCUGUUAUUGCGUCCAGUUGGCAAUAUAAUGCGUUGCUUGGAGUAAUAUUACCUUAUCAUCGAAUGACAGACUUGGAUGAUUACAGACUUCAGGAAGGUUUUCAUUGAUGGCUGGGAAUUCAGCAGAUGCAAGCUUUGAUGAAGUCUCUGUGAAGGUUGAAUGUGUAGAAGGAGACGAUGAAUACAACAGUUCUUUCCGGACAGACUCCGAGUCCUUCACCACCAUCAAAACUGACCCCUCAGAACCGGACGAGAGCUAUGGCACGUCCACUGAUUCUCCGUAUCCAGCUCAGACCGAGGCGGUCACCCAAACACCCCUUAGCAUGCCACUUAUCUCAUCUCCUCCCAUCAUAAACAGGGCACAACUCCUCAAUUCCGGGGCCAAUGUUUCCAUGAAUGCUGCAGAUGCACCACCUAAAAAACAGAUUGCAGCACUGGUCAAAGUCGCAGCACCCUCGUCUACGUGUACCACCAUUAAACAGGACGUUGACAAAGCAUGUUAUAAAUUGUCACAGGAAGGGGAGCAGUCUUUAUUUCUGUCUGUGAAUGUGGAGAAGAAGCUAUGUAGUUAUGUGGGCUCAGACAUGGGGAGACAGUUUCUAAGCAAGCGACCAGACAUCAUGGAACAUUUCUUCCAAUUUUGUCAAGUUCUGUACAAGGCUGAUGUGGACUCUGUAACCAGUAGCGACCCAGCAACUCCACCAUCAACAAAAAAUCUUAGACCAAAGUUGGUGCCCAGAAGACCUAAUAUCCUGGCCAAGAAGAAUCCAACCCCAACCUCUCAAACAUCCGUGCCUGUAAUUGGGGCCGGUCCUCUGAUGCUCGCGGCAUUACCAAUGGGCCAGCUUCAACAUGGAUCAAAAAAUUUAUCAGCGCAACAACCGAAGCAAAUUCUACCAGCAAAAGCUAUGCCUGAGGUUGCCAAAAUUCUGAAUAACUCCACUACAUGUAUAUCAAAUAUCAAGUCUAUAGUUCCUCAAACUGUUGACUCCGGGCGAAAAAGAAAAAAUCAUAAAGUACAGAAUGAUGGCCCCGAAGAGGAACCUCCAGAAAAACAACCAGCAUCACUAAUGGAAGUUCCAUUCCGGAUGAACAUCAAAAAGCUGAAUGCUGGGGCAACUAAGUCCACCCUGUUGACACUUCGACAGUCAUUAGAAAGUAAAUCUGGCACUGGUCAGACUCCUCAAACACCUAGUACCCCUACAACAGGCAACUCCUUGAGCGAUACACAACAAGAUUCUGCAUCCACACAGCCACCCAGAAUGGUGUCCAUUAUAAAUUCCAAUGGAAAAAAUCCAGUUCUACAUUCUAACAGUAUAAACAAUGCAAGUUCCUCGAAGCAAACUUCCCCCAAUGGAAAUUCUUUAAGCUAUGGAGAAGUUCUGAAGAAAGCCAUGAUGAAUUCCUUGUCAGAAAAUUUGUCCACCCUCGCUAAACAGGUUGACCUAACGGAAGAGAUGACUCCGCAGGAGUAUGAUUUGUCUUUGAUUAAAAAGGAACCAAAGAUGAAUACUUCUGGUGAGGGACAGAAUAUGGAUCCACCGAUUGAACUGUUCUCCAAGACAAUCAAACUAAGCGAAGCACCGACUGACAUCAAGUCCCUGUUUCUCAACUUCUCGGCAAACAAAUUAACAAGAACGAAAAAUUCCAAGAAAAAACCUAUAAAGCCUAGCAGGAAAACAGACCAAGAAUCAGAGGGAACAACUGUCUCCUCAAAACCUUACAGCUUCAGACAACGAACGAAGAAGAAGAGGUUUGGCGAUGAUUAUGUGGAGGAUUUCAAGGAAGAUUCCAAAGAAAAGGGAAAAUGGAAGACAGAUGCCACGAACGAAGAAGAAGAGGAGAUAAAUGAUGAGGACGAUGAUUUCAUGGCAGAGAGUAGUGAAGAAGAUGAGGAGGGUGAAGAUAAGGAUUACACAGAAAAAAUGAAGAGGAAAUCAAAACCAGAAAAAGAUGAUUAUAUCGAUGAGUCAAAUUUGAAAUAUUUUGAUGAGAAAAGUUUAGAGGAAUUCUUUGAAGACCAUCGUUACACUCUCAGUAAAAACCAGAGAGGCGACUUUCAUUGCACGCUAUGCUUGAUGUCCUUCAAGUGGUCAAUGACAUACAUCCAACACAUGGUGGAAAGACACGAGAAAAUGUUACAAAACAUGAAGGUUCAUCUGUGUGUUCUCUGUGAAAAAUGUUUUCUUGCCAGUCGAGAUUUGGCUUCCCAUUACAGGCAAGUUCACAAACAGUUAGACUGCUUCGUCUGCAAAUAUUGUAAUGCCACGUUCAAUGCAGGGAUAACCUGCAAAAGACACAUGGAAAGCUGUCAGGGAAAGGUGGAAAUAGAUGAAUCCAGUGAAAUGCUGUUUCUUCUUCAGACUAGUAGGGAGGAGGACAAGAAAUCGUAUGUCUGUAGUGUUUGUCUAAAAGUACUAAGAACAGAAGAUGGAAUGGUAAAACACAUGAAGAUGCAUGAAGACGAUGCUUACCUUAUAUGUGAUAUCUGUGGUAUAAAAUGUACUACAAAACAGCGGUUAAGUCGUCACAAAGCUUACCGCCAUCAGACCAAGCUAGGCAGGAUUCCUUGUCCAAAUUGUGACCGUCGCUUCAUGUCCAUCUGGUCAAUGUACCGCCACAACCAAGACAUCCACGGCUGUGUCCAGGUGAUCUGUAAGGAGUGUGGGCGGUACUUCGACACACAGGAACAGCUGAUGGAGCACAUCACCAACAUUCACCCACACAUCAGUCAGGAUGUAUGUCGCUUCUCCUGCGAGGAUUGCGGAAAGUGGUUUGACCAGGCUCGGUACCUGUAUGUCCACUACAAGGACGUACACAGGAAGCAGCGGUCAGUCUGUGGAUUCUGUGGUAAAGGUUUCUCAAAUCGAGAGGAGUUUCAUAACCAUAAGAAAACACAUGACCUCUCCAUCCCAAAUACAUGCAAGAUAUGUGCCAAGACCUGGGACACGUCGGAGGACCUGGAGAAACACAUGCACUAUCACAUGAGAGGUUCGUCCCUUCAUCAGUGCGAGACCUGUAAAGAGGUGUUUAUAAGGAGACAGGACCUCAUUGAUCACAUUGUGACACACACCAAGACUUUCCCAUUUAUCUGCAAGGAGUGUGGGAAAGGCUUCAAAAACAAAGGAAAACUAAAGGUUCACAUGGUGUCCCACGUAACGCAUCGUCCCUUCCAGUGUGAUAUUUGUGGAAUGGCCUUCAAGAUGAAGGCAACUUUGAGCACUCAUGUAAAACGUCACAAGGAACUGAAACCAUUCAAGUGUGAAUACUGCCCCGUUCGGUUCAAGUCGGUUGAGGGAUCACGAAAUCACAUGCUUCAUCAACACAUCAAGCUGGAGGAUCUCAAAAACAUCAAGUUUAAGGUGUAUAAAUGUGAAUAUUGUAACAAGUUGAUGGGUCAGAAGCACAUGUAUCUGCGACACGUCCGUCUGCACACUGGAGAAAGACCCUGUGUUUGUGAUGUGUGUGGGAGGUCCUUCACAAUGCCAGCCACACUCAAUGUCCACAAAAAGACGCACCUGGCCCGAAAACCACACCAUUGCGAAGUCUGCAACUUUGGAUUUAUCGAUGCCCACAAACUAGGGAAACAUUUCCAGACGUUUAGACACAAACAAAUGGUGGAACAAAGAAAACGGGUCAAAGAAUUAGCUGAAACAAGAGCGAGGAACAUGGGGAAGCCAUUGGAAGAUGCAGGCAUUGUGAACAGUAUUUCAGUCAAGUUGGAGGAGGUGGAUGAGGAAGCACUUCUGGGUGAGCCACAGAGAACACACAUUAAUCUUGGUGAUGAGAUGGUUGUGAUUGAGCGAAAUUCAGAGGACCCUCCGGGAGACAGCAGCACAGCUGAACACUUCCUACAGGGGUAUGCUGACAACUGUAGUAGUUUGUCCUCUCUGGUUUCCGGAUCAGAGGAGGCAGACCCAGAAUUGAUGGACCAAGUUCUACAGACUCCUGAUCUAAACAAUCAACUCCUUGUCCCCAAAACAGAAGAUAUGGAUGUGUAGAGUUAUCUUCCAAACUGAUACAGUAUAGCUGAUGUAGCCUAACAAUGUCUCGUCCCAAAACAGAAGAAUUGGAUACAUAUAAAUGUCCUUGACUGACACCAUAGGGAGGCCUUUGUUUCUCUUCAGUAAUAACAUGUACCCAUUGGUACAUGUAAUUUUUUAAUAUGUAAAUUCAUAGAGGCAUAUAGUUCAUUUGUUUUUUGUUGAUUUGAAUUUGUAAAAUACCACUAUGAACAAUGUACUUUUACCAUUUUCUUGUGUAGUACUGAUAUAAAUGUAAAGAUAUCUGUUUAGUACUAUGAGGUCACAGAAUGAUUGGUAAUGAUUGUACACUGCAGUUCAUUACGUAUGCAUUUUUAGUUGUGUUCAGAAUUCCGCACUAUUUAGCCAAAUUUGUUUAUUAUAUGAUCGAAUAAGUCGGAGCUCUCCAUUUGGCAGAGAUCCAACAAACUAGAACAGUUAUAUUCACCUGCAUGUGAUGUUGAGGUGAAUAUAAGAUUUGAUUUCUCCAACAUCAGGCCAAAUCAUUGGGAAUUUAUAAAUUGAUACAAUUGGUUGUUAUUUUUGUGGUCAUCUAAUGAAAACUCGCAUCUCUAAUCACUUUCAAUUAAGUUUAGCAAUCGGAAAAACGCUUGGCCUUUUCCAUCAAGAUGGAACAGAAAAGUUUGUGAUGUUGAGAUAGUAGGUCUUGCAGAUGAUGUAAACUAUGUCAGACAGGCAAUUAAAAGAUGUCAAGAUAUGCAUCGCUAGAUGACAUCAAGUUUUGUAGAAUACAGAUGAAUUUUGAUUCAUUGAAUUAUCCGAUCAUAUAAUAAAACAAUUAUUUAUCAUUUUCUCAAUUAAUACGAUGCUUUAGCUACCCUUGAAUACAGUGUUGGUGUAUAUUUUACGGUAACUAAAGCAUCGUUUUGACCUCCGAAAUGUCAAUAAUUGUAUAUUAUCUCUUGUAUUUUGAUAACCCAAUGUAUAUACACUGUACAUUUUGCUUGUGGAAUGUUUGAAUUGUCAAGGUAGGAAAGUAUACCUAUCGCCUAAUGUACAUGUACUUUGGUACAAGAGCUUGCUGUUAAAGAGAAUGUGCGACUUUUACAUGGACUGCUCGAUCGAUGGUGAUACGACCAUGUGGUUCUUGUGCAUUGUCCGCUUCUGAACUGCUGUGCAAAUGAGUUAAUGAGCAUUUUGAAAUUCUGUAUUUUAUUAUUCUGAACAGAUUGUUUUUACAAAUUUUUAAUUCUGUACAGUUAAUUUCCUUUUAGUUUUAGUUAUUUUGAUUUAUAAAGUUGCGCAAUAUGGGAGGUGAAUCAUUGUACAGAGCAUCACUAUACAUACAAUUCUAUCUAAAACAUUCCUAAGCAUUCAGUAACUUAGAUAGUAGAAUUUUCAUACAUCAUCUUAACACACUGUUCCAAAACUUUCUUACAGAUUUCUUCUUACAUGAUUAGAAAAUGUGUAUUGAUUCCCACACCGAAAUCCACAUGAAAUUUGUUUUGUUUGAAUAGCAGUAUUUACCUGGCGAUUUAAGUGGAUUGUGGGAUACAGACUUGAUUUUAAGAUUCGAUAUGAGCCACUAUUUUAGCUUUUAUACUGGGUUUGGGAAGAAGCUGAGCAUGUGGUCUAGUUUUCCAAGAAACUUUCAGAAUGCUUGUUUGAUUACUCAAGGUUUUUGUUUUUAGAUUAUUUUUGUACGAGGACAUUAUUCGCAUACCUUGAAUUUUAUUGUUGAAAUAAAGCGACUUUUAUUUUUUCUAGCCAGACAUUAAAAUUUCUUCAAUGUC